AUGCUGGAUGAAAAUGAUGGAUCCGACAUGGAGUUGGACUCUGAUACUUCACUUGAUGCAUAUCAUAUUUACAGUAAUAAUAAGUGUUCAAAGAAACAAACUUCUCAAAGUUCCGACGAAAACAAUGAUAAAUCAUCUGAUCGAGAACAAUUUCCUCAACGUGGGGAGGCUUCUUUGCGUCUUUCCAAUAAUGGAAAUGAUCGUUUUAAUCGUUCCGGUAGUUACGUUAUAAAUAACCCUACAAAAUCUCAAACCGCUUUGCUAACCAAUAGACCCUCUUUUAAAUCUCCGAGUAAAUCAUUCAUAACGGGUAAUGGUCCAAGACCGUUAGAGAAACGCGAAAGGAUCAAAUUUGAAUUGAAGAGCACUGGAUAUAAAAAUAAAUUGCAAUCUGCUAAUUCUAAUAUUUCAAUAAAAAAUAAUUCUGAUGCGAGUAGAAUUAGAAAGGAUAACGUUAAAGAGACACAAUUGUUCCCUCAAACGAAUAAAUCUUCAUUCCCAUCAUCUUUAGCAACGUAUUCUUCUCAUAAUUUGACCAAAAAAAUCGAUACACCGAGUUCAUCAACCUAUAGACAUGAUGACUCAGAACGUAAGCAUGAUGAUAAACGUGCAUUAGAAAGUAAUUUUAAAGAUCGAGCCUUGGGGAAUCUCGUAACCAUAGGGAAAGUGUCUGGUCAUUCACUUGAGCAAAACGUUAAUAAAAAUCUUUCAUUAGUCGAAGAAGGUUCCGCAACUACGGGAAAGGACAAUGCGAGAUUGACCUUGGAACAUUCAAAGUUAGGAAAAGGAAAAGGUAAUGACCAACAGCAAAAACAUGAAAUUGACGUUAAUUCUGUCAUUUUAGAAAAAGUUCGGAGUCAAGAGAAAAACCAGUCCGAUAAUAACGACCAUCCAAAGGCUCAAGUGUCUAAUUCAGAAGUACGAAGGGAACGAGCCGAAUUACCAAUCAUGAAUGACGAUAGUGAUAAAACUAUCAGGGAUGAUCUAACUGGAAAUAAUUCUGGAGAUGAAAAUGAUAAUAAAAAACCUUAUAAGACCUAUAAAAAGGAUUCCACGAAAGAUCAAGUAAUCGUAUUGCCUGAUCAAGAUCGCCAUCCCAAUGACGAUAUCAUUUUGGGGAUAAUUGGAAGCAACACAUCAUCUGAAAAUGAGAUUAAUGAAAGUGAUAAAUCUGAAAAAAAUAAUACUCUGGAAAAAGUUAAAUUGAAAUCUAAAGGCAAGAAGGUUGCUACACCCGCAAAUCUAACAUCAUCCUCAAGCAAAACCAUCGAAACUGAAGUAUCCAGCCAAGUGUAUGAAAAUAUUUCUCGCUUGGACCAUCUUGCUGGCCUGAUGACAAAUUUGACAAAUCAAAUUUGUAAAACUUCUCAGAUGGUUCAACCAAUUAGUCAAGAUACGCUACAUACUAGCCAGGAAACGCAGCCCAUUAACCAAGAUACGCAACUUGCUAAACAAUUAGAUCUAUCAAAUGGGCAAGCAAAUCAAGAAGAACCAACGCAAGUCACUAUUCAAGGAUCCCAACCUGUUAUCAAUGAGGAAGAAAUUAACCCUUCAGAUCUGUCAAAUGAGAUAAUUGAAAAAUAUCGUGAACUUGAUAAUACUCUAUCAGAAUUUGAUAAGAUAGCAAAAAAAGCGGCUAGAGUAUAUGGGGACUUGAAUAAAUUAUUACCAGAGGGAACUAUGGUCAAGAUUGAUCCUCCUACCACUUACAAAUGGGAUAUAAUAACUAGUAUGUUUGGUAUUGCUGAUAUCAAUAAGAUUGAGAUCAAUCAAGCGGCACCAGAUACGGAAGACCAAAGGAAAAAUAGCAUAGAAAAUGUACCAAUAGAUGUGACAAAGGAUUCUAAUGGAUUAAAUGUGGUGGGUGAGACUUCAUCUGAAGCAGAAUUCGACGAAGAAGAAUUAGAUGUACUAUCGGAUGAUCCAGAUGAUAAGAACUUCAAGUGCAGGUCGACAAUCUUGAGAAAUCCGAAUCCAAAAAGGUGGCAUAACACAAGAAGUAACAGACCGCCUAGUGCUAAUCUUCGCCAACGUACAAGAGUUGAUUCUGAUUCUUUUAAUAUUCCGACUGCAUCCAUUACACAUCACAGCCCCUCAAAGAAAAAACGUUCUCGCCUUACCCCCAAAAGAACAUUAAGAACAAGAAAAGCCGAAAAUGAAGAUGAUGAAACCCCAACUCAAACUCCGAAUUCCGAGAAAGUUAAUGAAGAUGGAAAACCAAGAAGACCUGGUAACGGUUUUAGUUACUUUUGUGGAGAUAUAUGUGCAAAGGUAAGGAAUGAGAAAUUGAAUAUCAGUGGUACGAUAGCAUAUGCUGCCGAAAUAUGGAAAAAAAUGUCAAUUGAGGAAAAACAACCUUGGUUAGAUAGAGGUGCAAAGUCGAAAAUCGAGUAUCAAGAGCAAAUAAAUAAAUGGAAAGAACUGCAGAGAUCUAAUAAUAUAAAAAAGAGAAAGGGUGGUUCAAGUUCAAAAAAUGGCUCGUCCUCUAAAAGACCUCGUAAUGAUUGA